AUGGCUGCAAUGAGGUCGGCUUACGAUCUGAGACAUGUUGAAAUAGAGGGCUGUGGGUCGCGGCUGCCGUGUUAUGUGGCGCUGGGGGACAGAAUACCCGUAAGGCUUGAUUUCUAUGCCGAACAAUGUGAAUCUGAGAUGUGUCCUAUAAGAACAGACGCGCUGUCAACUAUCACAAGCAUUAUGUCCGUACCUUCUAGAAUGGCGUUGAACCAAAGAGGUUAUUUGACAUGGCGCGUGUACAAUGAAGAUGGCAGGCAGGUGUUGUGUUACUACGUUAUGGUGCAAACUCAGACGUACAUUCAGAAGACAUUACGCACGUUUCUAGAACAAUUGGAUUCCAUACAAGAUACAUCAAUGGCAUUCACCCGCAGCUCUUUUGAGAAUUUAAAGGAUAAUGUCCAGCUAUCUCCGUGCAACCGACCACCCUGCCGGCUGAAGAGAGGAUCGAAACAGUUCAUUACUAUCACAUUCACACCUGAUAGCGACUUGCCAGAUCUCAAGAACCAAGUGACAGCCCUACUGGCAGGAAUUCCUUUUCCAUUCAUCGGAGUUGACGGAGUCUCGAUUUGUGACAAGCUAGAGAAUGAAAAAGGAGAAAAGGUGUCUUGUCCACUCAAAGCGGGCACCAAAUACGUGUACAAAGACUCCUUCCCAGUUCACAGUUUUUACCCAACGGUGGAGGCCAAAGUACACUGGGCGCUCAACAACGAAGACAAGAAUGUCAUCUGCUUUGAAGUACCCAUCAAAAUUAAAUAG